CGCGUGAGGAAGGAAGGAGCAGCCUCUCUCCAAGAUGGCAGCGACCAUAGACAACAGCAAUGCCGUACAGGCGACAAAGAAAAAGCACCUCGGCAUCCCUGAAGCGGCGUUUGUGGAGGAUGUCGACUCUUUUAUGAAGCAGCCUGGCAACGAGACGGCAGACUCGGCGCUGAGGAGGCUGGACGAACAGUACCAGAAAUACAAAUACAUGGAGCUCAACCUGUCUCAGAAGAAACUCAGGUUGAAAAACCAGAUCCCACAAAUCACACAGACGCUAGAAAUCCUUCGACACAUGCAGAAGAAGAAGGAAACCACAGAGCCCAUGGAGACACACUUCCUAUUGGCUGACAAUGUUUACUGCAAGGCCUCAGUGCCGCCCACCGACAAAGUCUGCCUAUGGUUAGGGGCCAACGUCAUGUUAGAGUAUGACAUCGAUGAAGCCCAGGCUCUCCUAGAGAAGAACCUGUCCACCGCAUCUCGUAACCUAGAGACACUCGUGGACGAUCUGGAUUUCCUGCGAGACCAGUUCACCACCGUCGAAGUCAACAUGGCACGAGUCUACAACUGGGACGUGAAGAGAAGGAGCAAAGAAAACCUCCUCAAAUCAGCAGACAAGUCUUAAUAUCGACGACACAGUGUCCAAAUCCCCUUAUGCUAACUAUCAUCUCUUUAGUCAAUAACAAAAAACAGACCCCCGUCUCCCAAGUCAUGUGUAUGUUCACCCCAGUGCUUGACAGAUAGAAGACAUGUUUGAAAUAUUUCCAAAAGUCGUAGUGCGCUUGAUUUAACUCAUUGAGAUUGUUAAGGAGAUGUGCAGGUGCCAUACAUGAAGCCGGCUAAAUCAAGCGCGAUCUUAAUUCUUUGUUGGAUUUUCAAAUAUGUCCUCUGUCAAGUCAAGCUCAGACCUUCCACCACUACUGUUCUCUGUUGAUUUGUUACUUUUUAAAGUAUUUUUUCAAGUAAAAACUAACAAAAAACAAAGGCAACGAGGCAAUUUUUGUAUUCUUUUUAAUGAUUUCAGUAUGUUCCAGUUGUUUUUUUUUUUGGCAGACUACGAGGGUUCUCUCGCAUCGUCUUUUCCUCCCUGCAGUUUUCCUCCUUACGGACCUGACACAUCUGUUUUUUCUCAGCCUGCAACAACAUUCACGUGGGACUUUUACUUGAGUUAGUAAAAACACAGUUGCCAUUAUACUCCAUAGAGCCUGGUAUGUAGGAUGACAAAAGAUCUCUGCAGAAGAGUAAUACAGAAUAAAACUAGUUCUGCCUUGUGGCUCUGGUUAUCAUUUCAGGACUUUUAGGAGUUCAGAAGGAUCCACUGUUUUCCUCCUCCGUCCCUCGACUUUCCACCCUCGAUCAUCUCUUCCUCUACUUCUCCACCUCCUCCUUUUUGCCGCUAUUCUGUCUGUAUUUAUUUGUCUCUCACUGUACUCAUUAAACAAUGAAUGAAGUAAAAGAAGAACAUUUGGGCAAAGAGAUAAGACCUUGA